CGCUGUGCAAGCAACACUUUGAACUUUAUCCUCCGUAAAUUCCCCAAAGAAGAACCAAGUAGCCAAUAUACGCUUAGCUAGCUGUGUUAACGACAACGAAUGCUCGACAUUAUAUCAGUAAUAUUCCAUAUUAUUUAAAAAGGUGAAUGUCUAACAGGCUAAAUCCACAAGCGAACUUUACUUUGCAUUAGCUGAUAUGAACACGGGAUAGCCAAAUACCGGCUAGGGUUGUUUGGCUGCUCACACUAGCUAGCAUGUAGCAUAUACGCUAACAUUUAGAUUACUUGUUUAUUUCGAAAAAGCAGGAAACGAAUGAUUGGACAUCGGCAGGUGUUCUUGAAACAACAUGAUGGAGACGUCCGCUAAAGGAAAAGCCAAGCGAAGGCACCUGAACUCAGAGGAGUGUCGUGAAAUCAGUAGGAGACCAGAGGGCAGCCAACCCCUCACACAGCCCCACUCCGUCACUCGCAGGCACAGCAACUCCAACCGUGGGUUGUACCCCAGAACACCCACAAAGAGAAAGAGAGAUGCACGUGAUGACAAGCAGCAGCAGGGGAUCACAAAGUUUUUCCCUGUGAUCAGUGUGGUCAAGGUGUUCAGUCCUCAGAAAGCAGCCCUGUCCCAGGGCCCAGGUUCCAUAAAGACAGAGGGACUCAAUGGAGAGCUCAUCCCCAAAAAUGAGACAAUUGAGGAAGAGGAGGAGGCACUAGCCACCUCUAUGAAGGAGGAACCUGAGGAUGAGAAGGUGGACUAUCUGGAGGGGCUGACAACGGACAUGUUUGGGGACGACAAGGAGUUUGAGCGCUGUUGGUCAGAUCCAGCCCCAGCCUUUAUGAAUCACCAUGAGGAGGAGGUGGAGGCRCUGCCUGACGCCCUCUACGGCCUCUUGGGAAGCAGCAGGGGCCUGGCCCAUCCCCAGGGUCACGUGGACGACCUCCCAGAGGAGGUGCUGAUGCUGGUGUUGAGCCUUCUGCCAGCUGAGGACCUCUACUGUAAUGUCAGCCUGGUCUGCCAACGCUGGAGGAACAUUGUCACCCAGUCACUGUUUGUGCCCUGGAAAAAGCUGUAUUACCGCUACACGAAGAAGGAGAUCGACGCCGUGAAGGAGAUCAAUGCCAUCCUAGAAACCCAUAGAAUCAUAAAGGACGACCAGGAGAGCAUCCUCCAUAUAGUCGAGUUCAUGGCCCAGUAUAAGCCCAGUCAGAAGGUGAAGCCGGAGGCAGUGUUACAGAGUGUAAGGACACAUUGUCUGUUUCUUCAGGCUGAGGCCUGCAUUAAACACAGACUCCCCAAACUGGAGGGUAUCGAGGGGGGCCCUAACCCGUGGGCAGCCAUGGCCCUUAUGCUGGUGCUGUGUGACGGGGUGGGAGAUGUUCUGGACCUGGUGGUCUGUCUCAGAGGCUGCCUCCCUUCAGCCAGCGCCAUCACGGAGUACCUCAGCGCCAUGGCAACCAUGCUGCUCGCCAUGAGGAGGAACGACAUCAACAUCAGCAACAGGUGGCACUACAACAUCUUCUAUGUCCUUCACCUGAUGGAGAACGCUUUACCCACAGCAAUAACCAAUCAGAGUGGGAGAGCCCAGGUUCAGGUGACCCACGAACAGCAGCAGAUCCUCAACCACGYCAUCCAUAGAGACCACGUGGUCAAGAUCAUGGCCUUCGCAGGCACAGGGAAGACCACCACCCUGAUUCGGUACGCCCAGCAGAGGCCACACCUCCACUUCCUCUACAUGGCCUUCAACAAGUCUGUGGCUACCCAGGCCCAGCGCUGUUUCCCCAGCAACGUGGACUGCAGGACGGUCCACUCCAUGGCCUUCGGGGCCGUCGGCAAGAGGUACCAGGAGCUGAAGAAGUUGUCUAGUAACGUGAAGCCCUUCUCUGUGGCCUGGGUGUUGCCUAAGGGCAGCGGGGGCUUCGUCAACGCCAAGGUGGUCACCCUGACCCUCAAUACCUACAUGGCCUCGGUCGACACACACAUCACCCCCAACCACGUCCCAAACACGUACAAAAACACACAUGGCAAAUUGACCGUGCCUGACCGCAAUGCAAAAAGGAUGUUUGCGAGGGAUGCCCAGAGGAUCUGGGACAAAAUGGUUGCCUUAGAAGAGACCAGGGAGUAUGCACACCACAUGACCCACGAUGGGUAUCUGAAGCUGUGGCAGUUGCAGAGGCCGACUCUGGACAAGUAUGAUGUCAUCUUUAUAGACGAGGCACAGGACUGUACUCCAGCCAUCAUGGACAUCAUGCUACCUCAGCACUGUGGGAAGAUCCUGGUGGGAGACCCUCACCAGCAGAUCUAUACCUUCAGAGGAGCAGUCAAUGCCCUGAACCUGGUGGAACACACACACCUCUACUACCUCACCCAGAGCUUUCGGUUUGGUUCGGAGAUUGCCUACAUUGGAGCCACGAUUCUCCAAGUGUGUAAGAAAGUGAAGAAGAUUCUGGUAGGAGGAAAACAAGACGGCUCUUUAGCAGUGCUGUCUCGCUCUAACGUCUCUGUGUUCGACCAAGCAGUCAGACUCACCGACGCCAACCCCCGCUGUAGGCUGCACAUUGUAGGGUGGGUGGGAGAAUUUUGGGCUGAAAAGAUCAUGGACAUUUGGGUUCUGAUGCAGCCAGAAAACAACCGCUCUCGAGGCAUCAAGGACAGCUUCAUCCGUAGGUUCACCCAGCAGAGUCUGGGGGGCUACUUUGGGCUGAAGAGUUACGCUAAAAAAACAGAGGACCGUGAGUUGGAGGGCAAACUCUCCAUGGUGGAGAAAUACAACAGCCGCAUCCCUGAGCUGGUGGAACGCCUCUACGGCUGCACAGAGAGAGAGGCCCAACACGCAGAUUUUAUCCUGGGGACAGUCCAUAAGUCAAAGGGUCUGGAGUUUGACACYGUGGUGAWCACUGAUGACUUUGCUAAGGUGCCCUGUGCCYCCCACAACWUACCCAGACUUURCAGCUGCUCAGGAGGUGACAUCCCAGACGAUGAGUGGAACCUGCUGUAUGUGGCGGUGACUCGGGCCAAGAGCUCUCUGGUCAUCACCAAGAACAUCACCAACAUCCUCACGCUGGCUGGGGAGUACUUCCUGAGGACAGAGUUGACCAGCGCCCUGCUGACCGAGGGCCAGCCACCCUGCUGCUCCGUGCGGGAGUGUCAUAACCACAUCAUGCCCGACUGGCCCCUCGCCAUGUGCAAGCUGCCACUCCAAUACAUGGAUAGUGCAGACGAUGGAGGUCCUAUGUGUGGGGCGUGUGUGUUGCAGCGUAUCGGCCCCACGGCCAGUCUCCUAGCCUCCCCAGAACUGCUCAAGGUCCUGCCAGUGACGGAGGAGCGCCUGAACCUGCCCAUCAACUACGCUUUGCUGAUGGCUCUCUUCUGAGGGGACACGCUCACGUACUCACACACUCAACAUGCUGCUUGAGCUGUUCUGAAAACACACCCACACAACAUGAGACAUGAACCUCUCCACUGAUGUUGUCUUGGGGAAAAAAUCAGUCUGCGAAAUAGGCAUUUGAACUAGCCAAUUAUGGACCAGAAGSUAACAGUGUGGAACAGAGUUACUCAGCCAAUGUGGUACCCUUGAUGAUGAUUGGCCUAGAGCUGCCCCCCAUGAUCUCUGUUAGUCUAAAGGUGUUGCUUGCUGAUUUGGAUAAAUGUUUGGGGCACAAUGCCAUUGUGAAAUCUAUAUGUCUUGUUUUUUAGUGGUUAUAUUUUGCUGCGAAGAAAAUGCACAAGUUCAGUCCUGUCUUUAAGUACGUCUCAUUUUCUACUUUACUUUUUAAAAUCUGUUUUUAUUUGUGAUGUCUUUUAAAAUUAUAACAAAAGAAACAUUUGUCUUCAGUUUAAGUACUUUGAGGUUAACAACAUAAGCAUCAUCAUAAGUCAAGUCCAUUGUUUCCAUAAAGACACAGUUGCCAAUACUCUAAUGGAAAUGGUAAAGACAAGUAUUUGUGGUUAAUUUGGGAUGCAAUAUAAAGUGCAAACUACCAUAUAAGGAAUAGGUGCCUUUUGGAAUGAGACCUGUGUCUGUGUUUGAGAGGAUCAAUACCGCUAUGUUUCAUGUCUACAUUGUUUUCCUGUGUUUGUAAUCAGAUUGUACAACAGCUGAUAUUUUACAGUUAACACUGUAAAAGUGGCAAUUUUUUAAAGUCAGUGUUAUUUCCUGGCCCACUAUGUUAACGUGGGUCGUACUGGGMUACGGAUUAAAAAAUUCCUCAAUCUGCCAUUGACACCCAUUCAAAUUAUUCCUAAAGUUGCCUAGUCCAAUCUUGUUCAUUCUCUAAAAUAAAUGCCAUGUUUUCUCAUUAGCUGGGAAUGUUGUUUGAAAUGUCCAAUGCAACAUACUUUGGUGAUAUUGUUAUCAACCUACUGCAUACCCCUUUAAAAUAUAAAAGUGUUCUAUUAGCAUGCAAAAACUKAUUAAAACAGASUGGUAGAAGA